UGGCCGAUGCAUUAGUCGGUAAACAGCGCAGGCCUUGUGCAAACUGUUUGCUUGCAUCCCACGGAGACUCUUACUGAGAAUGGGGUGACUUGAAGAACUCACACGUGCACACCCCAUCUUUCCCUGCCAACUCCCCCUUCUCUGAUCUCACUUCCUCCUGCGGGCGGGGCGCCGAGAACCCGGAUAAAAAAGUAAAGCGGGGAUUAGUGGGAGAAGAGGAGGAGGAGCUUUGCAGCAUCUUCGAGCUUGCCGUGGUGCUUUGAGCAUGGCCACCAGCUUCCCUAAGCCAGAGGAGAAGAUUCUCCAGGGCCUGCGAGAUACAGCCAACUGCCUUCGGAUUCACUCUAUUCGCGCUACCUGCGCUUCAAACUCUGGCCACCCGACAUCAUGCUGCAGUGCUGCAGAGAUUAUGUCUGUGCUGUUUUUUCACACCAUGCGCUACAAGCCGAGUGACCCGGGCCACCCCAGCAAUGACCGCUUUGUGCUCUCCAAGGGCCAUGCUGCACCUGUGCUCUACGCUGCAUGGGCUGAGGCAGGCUACAUCAAGGAAUCAGAGCUGCCAAAAUUGAGAAAAAUAGACUGUGACUUGGAGGGCCACCCAACCCCUAGGCUGCCUUUUGUGGAUGUGGCUACUGGUUCAUUGGGACAGGGCCUGGGAGCUGCCUGUGGAAUGGCCUACACAGGCAAAUACUUUGACAAGGCCAGCUACCGAGUAUAUUGUCUGUUGGGUGAUGGUGAGUCUUCAGAGGGUUCUGUGUGGGAAGCUCUAGCAUUUGGAUCACUCUACAAGUUGGACAACCUGGUAGCCAUCUUUGAUGUCAACCGACUGGGGCAAAGUGAGGCAGCACCACUGCAUCAUGACAUGGAUACUUACCGCAAGCGCUGUGAAGCCUUUGGGUGGAAUACCUAUGUUGUGGAUGGUCAUGAUGUAGAGACUCUGUGCCGGGCUCUGUGGCAAGCAAGCCAGGUGAAGGGGAAGCCCACAGCCAUCGUGGCCAAGACUUUCAAAGGGCGAGGAAUCCCAGAUGUGGAGAAUGCUGACAAUUGGCAUGGAAAGCCCAUCCCUAAAGACAAAGUGGAGUCUGUCAUCAACACAAUUCAGAGCCAGAUUCAGACUAAUAAAGUAUUAUCUGUGCAAUCACCAGCUGAGGAUGUGCCACAGAUCAACAUAACGGAUAUCAAGAUGCCUUCCCCACCUGCCUAUAAAAUUGGGGAAAAGCUGGCUACCCGCAAAGCCUAUGGUUUAGCCCUGGUAAAGUUGGGAAAUGCCAACAGUCAUGUCGUGGCUUUGGAUGGUGACACCAAGAACUCCACUUUUGCUGAGCUCUUCAAGCAAGCCCAUCCUGAACGCUAUAUUGAGUGUUACAUUGCUGAACAGAACAUGGUCAGUGUGGCUCUGGGCUGUGCUGCUAGGAAUCGCACUGUUGCAUUUGCCAGCACUUUUGCUGCCUUCUUCACCCGGGCAUUUGACCACAUCCGGAUGGGUGCCAUCUCGCAGACAAACAUUAACCUUUGUGGUUCCCACAGUGGGGUUUCUAUUGGUGAGGAUGGGCCCUCUCAGAUGGCCUUGGAAGACCUAGCCAUGUUCAGAGCUGUUCCAGGCUGCACAGUGUUCUACCCAAGUGAUGCAGUCUCCACUGAACAUGCCGUCUUUUUAGCUGCAAACACCAAGGGGAUUUGCUUCAUUCGAACCAGCCGCCCAGAAACUCCUAUCUUGUAUUCCCAGGAAGAAAAAUUCAAGAUUGGCCAUGCCAAGGUUGUACGUAAAAGUGAUGCUGACAAGGUUACAGUUAUUGGAGCAGGUGUCACACUCCAUGAGGCCCUAGCAGCUGCUGAUGAGCUGGCCAAACAAGGCAUUCAUAUUCGAGUAAUUGACCCUUUUACAAUCAAGCCCUUGGAUGCUGACACCAUAAUCUCCAGUGCCAGGGCCACUGGGGGCCGUAUCAUCACUGUUGAGGAUCACUACAGAGAAGGGGGCAUUGGUGAAGCAGUGGCAGCGGCUGUCUCGGGAGAACCUGGCAUCUUAGUCCAGAGCCUGGCUGUGUCACGUGUGCCUCGGAGUGGAAAACCAGCGGAGCUUCUAGAUCUGUUUGGGAUCAGCGCAAAGAGCAUCAUAGCAGCUGUGAAGAGUACCUUUGCCAAUUGACAGUGUAGUCUGGUUUGGAGUUGGUGGGAGGGAUUACACAGCUGUGAAGUAAGAGUUUUUGAAGAGCAGAAAUGGCAGCUGCUGGGUUUUCUGUGUACAAAAUCCACACGUUUCCCCUUAUAACUCCCAAACACACAAUAUUUGACUUCCUGUUUCAGUUUUGACAGAAAUGCUGCUAACAUUCCUUCCAUGAGCUUUGACCUUAUUUUUGAAUGAGAGUGAACAUUAAAGUACCAUACAAGUCUCCCCCCUCCCCCGCCAACCUUCCCUCCAUAAUUAAGCCAUUUUACUUAUAUUACACUCAUAUUAAUUGGGACUAAAGCCUCCUGAUAUUUGUGGGUGGACCAAAUGAUGCUUGUCUUACCUCAAUCUGUCAGUAACUAUUGCUGUGCCUGGCUCCCAGCCUACUUGGUUUUCCUCUCUCCAGCCUGACAUUCCAGGGCCAUCUUGGGUAGACUUUCCUUGGGCUGUUUCCUACCCGGAGAUAUUGACAAUGGUUAGUCUCACUAAUGCUGUUGCCUAAAAUUUCUGUUGUGAUAUUAAUUCUGUUGUCUUAGUCAAAAUUUGAACGUGACCAAGGUAAUGUGUACUGUUUAUAGGCUGUUCACAGUGUUCCUUCUAGCAAAUCAAUAAAAACAACAAACCCUCA